AUUAAAUUAAAUUAAAUGGCCAACAAAACAGAAUGUGCAGAGAGCCACACGGAGCCGGACCCGGGCAGUCACCGGCGGGUGGACCCCACCACCGGCAUGACGUUGCAGCUGCGGCGAUCCGCGGCCGUCUCCGGCAAUGAGCCGGAGCCGGAGCCGGGGCGGGAGCAGGACGUGGUGGCGCACGUCUACGACGUCGCCUGCAGCGGCCCCGACGGCAACGGCGGCGGCGGCGCCACCGUCCUCCACAUCAACCGCAUCUUCAAGGACGCCAUCGGCCUCGGCGGCAUCUUCCACACCGCCAUCCAGGUUUACGGAGACGAGGAAUGGUCAUUCGGCUACUGCGAGAACGGCAGCGGGGUGUUCAGCUGCCCCCCGGGCAAGAACCCCAUGUACACAUUCCGCGAGUCCAUUGUGCUGGGGAAGACGAGCUGCUCUCUCCUCAUGGUAAAUCGGAUAGCGCGGGAUCUCAGCAGGGAAUGGCCUGGGGCCUCGUACGAGCUCCUCUCGAGGAACUGCAACCACUUCUGCAACGAGUUUUGCGACAAGCUCGGCGUGCCAAAACUUCCAGGUUGGGUCAAUCGCUUUGCUAAUGCUGGAGACGCAGCUCUGGAGGCUGCUGAAACUACAGCAGUAAAGCUCAAACAAGCAAAAAAGGAGAUUUUUACUGCAUGCAAAGCUGCAUCCACGUAUUUGACUGGUGCGCCGUCAGGCACACCAUCAGAUGUGGAGGAUACAGGUGGCUCAACAAGCAAUUCUCUUUUUGAGGGGACAUGGAUUAGAAGCAUUAUUGGCAUCAGUAUGAAGCCAUCGAAGAGCCUUAUGAAUGAUGCAUCGUCAAGUUCAGACGAUGAAACAUCUGAUGAUGAGAGCGAAUCAGAUGGUAAACAGCCUGGUAGGGAUCAAAACGAGGACGAAAAGGAUGCAAGACAAGAAGAUCAAAGCACGAGAAGCGAGAACGAACCACCCAAUCAUCAUCCAUGAAGCCCACACCAUGAUGUGCAGAAAGAGGAGCAAUUUUCUCGAACCGAUAAAAAUGGUUACAAGGGGGAGCGGUUUAGAACAGAUCCUAACAUGUACAAAGCCAGUCGCAUUCACUUGUGACGACCAAGAAUUGGAAGCUGCGACGUAGUAGUCCUGAGGAGGAGCGCUGAAGCGACGGAGUGCAUCACGAUGUGUGCGAUCCUCAGCUUUAUCUGCCCACGACGUGGCAGCGGCCGAACCCCGCUCCGCCUUUCACGCUUGUGGACUCUGAUGAAAUCGCCAGCACAAACUCUCUCGCCCAUGGUGGUGAAGGAGAUGUCUUUCUGUGAGGUUCCUUGGUUGCUUGCUUGCACUUAUGCUUGAUGCCUGCUCCCUGCAUGGUGCUCUAUUUAUAAAGCUUCAGCGAGUUGUAUCUGGAUCCAAGACAUGACAGCUAGAUUGUUGCUCCUUUGCCAUCGACUGUAUUUGGAUGAUGUUCAUUUUUUUAAAUGCAACCCUGUAUGUAGACUUUAGUGUCUGUCUGUUGGUAUGAGAAACUUCUGUUGAUGUCUUUUUUGUUCCAUUCAUGAUUUGGGGUUGUUUGUCCCUGUGUUAUCUGCAAA